AUGUCAGACCCACCCAAGAAAUAUAUCAAGAUCAAUGGGAUUAUGAAACUGAACCCAGUGUGGAAGAAGUGGAAGGAGGAUCAAGCGAAAGCGAGUGGUGGCGCAGCCGCACCAGUAGCUGCGACCUCGGUUGCCAAUCCAAGCCAGGCCCUCCCUGUGGUGACCAAUAUGGAAGAUCAUGAAGCCAUUUCCGCUGCUUCGGCGGCAGCUGGUGGUCCCGAAAUCGCCCUUUCCGAGUCUACCAACGCCACAAUCGAAAUGAUGCAAGAGCCCGAGAUUGCAGGAGAAGCUGGAAUGACUCCCGAUACCAUGGUGGAUGAGCUCGGUGCUGUUCUCAACAAGUACGAAGUCCCAAUGGGUUUGAUGAACAAAUUGAUGAUGCUCAGCGAAUACGAUGUGCUCGAGUUUAUGAUUGAUGAUUCAGGCUCGAUGACGCUGGCGUCUGAUACGGUGGAUCCUCUGACUGGGAAAACAUCAACCCGUUGGGCAGAGUGUCACCGACGCCUCAAGGAGAUGAUUGAGAUUAUUGCCUACGUCCCCUUCCAGCAGAUUGGCAUUCUCUUUUUGAACCGUCAAACCACUCUUGGCUUGACACGCAACGGCCGCGAUCCAAAGACGUUUUUGGCGGAUGCUUUCAACCAAAUCGACAAUGUAUUCAAGACCGGUCCUUCCGGUUCCACCCCUGCCUUUGAAAAGAUCCAAACGUCGCUCGCCAUGGGACAAGGCAAACAGAUUGCACGCUACUUUUUUGGAGAUGGAAUCCCCAACGGAGGCCAAAAAGCUCAAAAGAAGAUUGUGGAAGUCCUCAAUGCACGCGCCAAUCCUCAGGGAAACCCAAUGACCUUCCUCAGUUGUACCAACGAGGACGCGGCUGUGGAAUGGAUGAAGGACGCCGAAGAGAUUGUCCCUUAUUGCUCUGAAUCGGACGACUUCAAAGAUGAGUCUGCGGAAGUGAUGAAAGAUCAGGGAGCUGCAUUUCCCUUUAGCUAUGGUUUCUAUCUGAUUUGUGCUUUGGUUGGAGCCUCCAACCCGGAUGAUUUGGACUGCAUGGAUGAGUCGGUUCCAUUCACCAGGCCAGCUCUAGGCAAUCUUUUGGGAAUCGAACAGGACGAACAAAGCUACAAACACUACUUUGAUCGCUUCUUGGAAGCGCAAAGCAAGAGGCCUAUCGAGGGCCCAAGCGAUCAGCUGAAAAAGUCGGUCGACUGGAAGCCCCUGUACCAGGAUUUCAUGCAGGCCCCAACAGCUUCGAUGAUUCCCUUCGUUCAAGACUUCAAAAAGAAGAUUGCUGCUGCGCAUUGA